AUAUUGUGUUAAAGCUUCAGUCGAGUUGUAAUGUGAAUCGACACGAAAGGGUUUGAGAGAGGGAAAAAAUUAUUUAAAAAACUGUAAGAAUGAGUGGAAAACCGAGUAAACUUGUUUAUCUCUCUCUUGUUUUAGCUUCUUCCAGUUUGCUUCUUUCAGGAGUGUGUAUUCUUCAGCUUUAUUUGCAGAGGGAAUAUUGGAAGGGUGAAAUAACAGCUAGAUUAUCUGAUCUUGAAGCUGAACAUGAUUAUCUUCUGGAUUCAGAAAAGAGCAGCUUAACCUCUGACGAGAGCAGCUCAAGCCGUCCCUCAUUAUGCCAGCUGCUCCCAGACCCUGGACCAUGCAGCUCUCAAGUGACCAGAUGGUACUUCUUACGUAGAGAAGGAGAUUGCCUGGAGUUCCCAUGGGGUGGUUGUCAGGGCAACGACAACAACUUCCUUAGUUUGGAUCAAUGUCGGUCAGCAUGUCUAGUUUCCCCUGAGAAAGCCCGGUCACAGCACCUGGUUGCUCCUGCCCGGUCAGCUGACCGACCUCUUCUACCUCCGCCAAUAGAAACCUUUGAUCUAUCUAAUUGCCUACACGCACCAGACUCAGGUCCCUGUUUCGACCGAAUAACCAGAUUUUACUAUGAGGACGGAGAAUGUAAAAGGUUUGAUUAUGGUGGAUGUGCUGGGAAUUCAAACAAUUUCUUUACCGAGGGAGAGUGCUUGAGAAAAUGUGUGUCUGGCCCCCAAACUGGAUCCAUGAGGGGGGCAAGAGAGGAUGGAACCCCUGUGAGGGGGUUCAGAGGGGAAGUGCCCAGUAUCCCAAGAGAUAAUGUUUUUGAUGCUUGCGCUUUUCCUGAAGAUCAAGGAUCCUGUGAUGAGAGUUUAACUAGAUACAGAUGGGAUUCAAGGAUUAAGCAGUGUGUUAGGUUUACCUGGAGUGGUUGCGGAGGAAACAGUAACAAUUUUAUCUCUGCGGAGAAAUGUCGGAACCGAUGUGACAUCUAGUCUCUCAAGAUCUACACUUCAGCAAAGCGGAUGGGCUGACCAAGAGAAUGUAAAUAUCUACAGAGCCACCAUGAAAACGUGUUUAUAAAAUUGCAUAAAAUUCUAAUGGAUAAAAUUGAAACUCUUAAAAUAACACAAUUUCAAGUUUUAAUUUAGUCUUCUGCCUUGGAUCAACUAGGUGAGAUUAGAUAUCUACGAAGUCGCCAUUGAAAAUUGUCUGUUUUCAUUAUUUUCCCGAUUUCUUGAGAAGAUAAGCUUAAAAUAACAACAAGAAAAUAUUUCAUAUAUGAAUUUUGUUGAAAGCAUAAAUUUUUCAUCUUUUUUGAUAAAAAUAUUUUUUUUUAACUACAAAUAUGCAUGUUCUAAAUUCUCAUUAUAAUAUUCCAACGUAUGUAUAAAUCUACCAAGAGCUUCUUGAGAGCUUAAUUUUUGCAUUUUGUGUUAUUUUGAAAAGUAUAGUUUGAUAAUUGUAUUGAAUGUAUUUAAAAGACCGGUUUAUUUUUAUCAAAAACCUUGAUUUAAAGAGACUGUUCAUCCCUUUAAGAGUGUUUGUCAUGUUGUAAGAAAUUGUACACAGAUAAAAAAAAUGUGAAAAAUAUAUCAUCAAAAAUUUUAUUUUAUUCAAAUUGGAAAUCGAAAUUUCUUGAUAUGUUUAUAAUUACGUUAUGAACUAGACAUUCGUUAGUGAAAAUUAUUUUACAAUUGUAAUUCUGCUUUCAAAGAUGCCAGAAAUAUAGAAGAUAUCGUUUAGGUUUCAUAAAUAAAGUAAAUUAGUCUCAGCAUCCAAUAUAUGUGUCCUUUUUCUAAUAUAUAAAGAAGGAAGCUGUCCAACCUUCUUAUAAAAACAUCUAUCUUUAGGGACAAAUUAUAUACAUAAGCUAAUA